AUGGAAGUGCCAGGAAAUAUAGCUUUGCCAUCAAAGACAAACCAAAACUUAUAUUGUAUCCCAUGUGAAAGAGAUGGGUUAAAGGAGCCAGCCCAUGGAUUUUGUCAAGACUGCCAGGAACAUUUGUGUAAAGUUUGUUUUCAACAUCAUAGAAGGUCAAGACCAUCUAUGAACCAUGUGCUGUUUGAUAGAGACGCUAUGCCAACACAACAAACGACCAUUGACGUAAAUGAAGACGUCAUUACUGACAACUGUACCAAACAUAGGGAUAAAUCACUGGAGUUCUAUUGUAACAGUCACGAAACUGUAGCAUGCUAUGUCUGUGUUACGCUUGAACAUAAACAAUGUAAAGUUGACUAUAUUCCUGAUGUUUCAGGUAACGUAUCUGGUGAUUUAAUAGAUUUGAACAAAAAGAUGGAAGUGCUAGCCAUGAAAUGUGAAAAUAAUAUAAUGAAUGCUUCAGCUGCUACAAAACAACUAGAACAAAGUCACGGAAAAGUUGUUGAAGACAUACGACUCUUGAGAAAGGAAAUAAACGAUCGUUUCGAUCAGAUGGAAUCGAUUAUGCUAAAAGAAGCUGAAGCUGUUGUUAAUACAGCAAACCAGAAACUCGAUAAUAUCAAGGUUGCUUGCGAAAAAAUAGCCGAGGAAGUGAAACGUUCACAGUCAUUUCUAAAUGGCCUGAAGGAAGUUAACAAGCAUAAUACGCUUUUCAUUGAAUUGAAAAAUGUCAGACCUCGUUUAAUGACACUGGAAAGUGAAGAAAAACAAAUUGUCAAGGAUAAUAUGACAUAUGACGACAUUCUAUUUGACGGGAACCAAAAGCUAUUUGAUCAACUGGAAUGUGAGAAAAACUUUGGAAUAAUUUCAACAUACAGAAAACCAUCUCCAGAUACUGAAAUAUGUGUGAAUUAUGAAAGAUCGCUCAACGUGAAAUUUUCUUCUGAUAAAGUACAAAGUGAUGUCUUUGGGAUGGUAAUGGUUUCUGCAACACAAAUGAUCAUUGCUGAUAAUGCCAAUAAGACAAUAAAAACUAUAGAUGUAGACACAGGAAAGUUGGUUUCAGAGAAAACCCUGUCUUCAGGACCACGCGAUAUUAUAAAACUUCCACAAAAUAAACUUGCUGUUGCAUUACGUGAUGAAAAGUGUAUCCAGAUCAUUUCUUAUACUGAUACAAGUUUGUCUUUAGGUCGUCGUAUAGAUGUCGGAGAUAAGUGUAAUUGUGUAGCUUAUUGUCAGGACAAGCUAGUAGUAGGCUGUAAUUGCAAUCCAGGAAAGCUGGUUAUUCUGGGUUUAGACGGAAAUAUCGCACAUGUGUUUAAUACUCCUGGUUUAUUUGAUGGUCCUGGACAGAUUUCUAUCAGUAGUGAUGGGAAGUUUGUGUAUUUAUCUGAUUACUACUACUGGAAAGGUCAUGGCAAGUGCCUGAAGAUAGACUGGCAAGGUAAUGUUGUACAAAGAUUUGAGGAUCAAGGAUAUGUAUGUCCAAAAGGAAUUCAAGAGUUGGAUGAUGGUACGUUGUUAGUUUGCUUCUACUCCAGUCACAAAAUAGUCAGAUUGUCUGGCAGCUUCAAGAAACGUGAGAUCACAGGAUUAGAGAAUAUAAACAUUUAUUAUCCAAAAACCGUAACAUAUCUUGAAAGAAAUCGCAAAUUAUAUGUAAGUUGUUCUUCUCAGCAGGAGCGUGGUUCAAAUGAUACAAUAAAAGUAUUUAAUGUGAGAUCGAUUGAUGGUACGUUUUGA